AUGAGUUCAGAUCCAGUCUCUAGAGCUGUACCAAUUGCAAUGACAGUAGGUGAUAUACACGUGUCACCACCUUCGAAGAGGAGUCCCGAUCAGAACCAAGGGGAUGAGAGCUCGAGUAGCUCUCAAGCCAAGCGUCAACGCGUCGCUGAAACAACUAUUCUUCAGCUCCGCGAUCUCAACGCAGAUCAGGCAAUUGCUUCUGAGAAAACACUUUUCACUUCUUUCGACUGCUCAGGAGUGCCCCAAAAAUUCAAAUAUUCGGAGUCAGAAAUCACCAUUCUAGAAGUCAUUGGACCCAGAGACCAUUCGAUGGUGUACCGCAUUUCAGCUGGAGGCAGAAAAUUCGCACUUAAAAUACAUAAAUACGAAAAUAGCGAUAUAUCACUAUCCGGUAUACCCAAACUUAACAUCUUCUUCGAGCGGGAACGAAGCGCUUAUAACAGACUUUCGCGGGCGAGCGAACUGCCACCUGCAUCAAUACCGAAGUACUAUGGAUACAUCAACUUUACAAAACCGCCCUAA